CAACAACAGCAAAACACUCCUCGUGCGUAAACCUACCGAUGUCCCAUUUUAAACUUUAACGAAAAGAACUAAUUAUAAUCCACACACGCAAAUGGUUGCACGUAUUGCAUUCGCUGCGGUAUUCGUAUAAAUGCAGAGCCCGCUCUACCCGACUCUAGAUCUACGCGCGCACUGCGCAUGCGCCGCUCGGGGUCAAACGGCCAUCGCAACGCUGUCAGGAAACAGCGCAGAGGCGGAGUUGGGUCGACCAUUUGUUAUUGUUGUUGUUAUCAUCAUCGUCGCUGUCCAUCGUCGUUCCGACCAACCGGGGGGUUUUCUCCUCAGCGUGACCUUGACGAAGUCUCUUUCCCCGGCCGAUCGAAUGGCAGCGACGGCGGUGAGAGCGGCCGCGGGGGCCCCGGCGUCUUUGUCCCGGUUCAGAGGAGCGCUGGUCGCGGCCGUGCUGGGGGAUUGUGUCGGCGGAGAGUUUGAAGGAGCGGAGGAGGUGCCCAUGGAGAGCGUGCUGCAGCACCUGAGCAACCUGGACGACGAGACCAAAGGGAACGGUAUCCUUGAGUACAGCGACGACACUGCAAUGGCGCGCUGUGUGGUCCAGUCUCUACUGACUCGCGCUGGCUUCGAUGAGCAGGACAUGGCUCGCAGGUUUGCUAAGGAGUACAGCAUGUCCCCGGGUCGUGGCUAUGGUUCUGGGGUGAUCCAGGUGUUGAAGAAGCUGUCGUCCCCUCAGCUCAGUGACGUGUACCAGCCGGCGAAGGACCAGUUCAAUGGUCGAGGGUCCUUUGGGAAUGGGGGAGCCAUGAGGGCGGCUCCCUUUGCGCUGGCUUUCCCCGAACCGGCGGAUGUUAAAAGGUGUGCAUGUCAGGGAGCCAUGCUCACCCACUCCUGCUCUCUGGGUUAUAACGGGGCAGUGCUGCAGGCGUUAGCCGUGCACCUCUCCCUGCAGGGGGCAAUAGACAAGCCCCAGCAGUUCAUCAGCAGGCUUAUCACAGAGAUGGAGGAAGUGGAGGACAACAAGGAGACGCGCAACGAUGCCAGGAUCUUAAAAGAAGCAGAGAAGCCAUUCUGCGAGCGCCUCCACAGAGUGCGAGACCUGAUGGACAGGAGCACGGUCAGCAUCGAGGAGGUCAUUUCUGAGCUGGGUAACGGCAUUGCCGCGCUCCACUCGGUCCCCACCGCCAUCUUCUGCGUUCUCCACUGCCUGCAGCCGAGAGAAUGCCUCCCGGCGAACUACGGCGGCCUGGAGAGGACAAUAGCGUACAGCCUGGCGCUGGGAGGCGACACGGACACCAUAGCCUGCAUGGCGGGGGCCAUCGCCGGGGCCCACUACGGCAUCGAGGCCAUUCCGCAGUCGUGGAUUAGGUGCUGCGAGGGGGCGGAGGACGCCGACACCGACGCAGAGUGGCUCCACGUGCUGUACUGGCGGCCCUCUCAGGGAGGCGGCGGCGGCAGCGGGACGGGGAAGCGCAGCCACGAAGACGCAUCCGGAAGCCAGUCAAACGCUUCUAACGGCACAGAGAAGAAAGCUCGACCCGAGUGAUUCUUCAACCAGAGUUUGAAACAAAAAAACAACAACAAAAAACUACUUGAAACCACGGGCACAAAAAUGACAAACUGUCAUUUAAUAAAUACCUUUUCAUUUUUCGGACUGUGUUGGUUACAUGUGAAUUUUAGAUAUUGGAUAAGCUAUCUUAACAUUGCAACGGUAUGUAAGUGAUCAAAACAGCUUAUUAUUAUUUUCUGAGACCCCAGAACAGAGAAAAAUAAAAAUGCUACAUUUUUACAGGUAACAGCAGAAUAGUAAAGCCGAAAAAUAAGGAAAGAUCAAGAAGCCAAACGGAUGACAGACUGACUGUGAAAACUCAGUGACACAUGCCGUGCCCCCCCCUCCCCCCCUGUGAUGAACUGUCCUUCGUCAUUUGAAAGCUGCAUUAUAAAUUGGCCAUGUCUUGUUUUAUCCUUUUGGUGGAUAAGUUAUUUAAUAAACUUUUUUUUAAUUCA